AUGACGGAGGAACAGGAAAUGAGCAACAAAAGAAAGAGCAAUCAGGAAUUUCAAGUUUCGAAAAGGUUCUACGAAUUCGAUGAAGAAGACAGCGAUUUACUGGCAUUAUCUUUGUCAUAUGGUCCAAGGAAGACCAAAGUUACAUUUUCAGAGCCACUUGCUCCGGCUCCACUAACGCUGCUGCUGCCACAGCAACAAGAACCCCAAGAAAUAGUUUCCCAAUCUUUGUCAAUGCAAACACUGCUUUCCCAACCGCCGCCUCAAUUCCCUUUCCAGCUACCCGCCUCCCAUCCUCUUUACAAUGUUCCUUUUGGCUCAGAAGCCUCGUCUUCUGCCACCCUCGUCUACCCCCAAGAGCCCGUACCGUCGCCUGUCCCUGGCACAAGCCGGUCACGUCCUGUACGUGUUCGGAGGAACCCUACACAGGCCCUGAGAGAAGGGAAAAGCGAGACGGUUCCUGCGCCAUUUCCAUGGGCCACAACGCAUCGAGCCACGGUGCAUAGCGUCGACUAUUUGUUGUCAAAACAAAUAUACACAAUCAUCGGUGAUGUUCAAUGCAAGAGGUGUGAGAGACAGUACGAGAUUGGUUAUGAUCUGAGAGACAAGUUCGCUGAAGUUGGGACUUUUAUAGCGGAGAACAAGAAUGCCAUGCACGACAGGGCUCCACCUGUUUGGAUGAAUCCGGUGCUACCCAAAUGCAAGUUGUGUGAUCAGGAAAACAGUGUCAAGCCAGUGAUUUCCGAGAAUAAGAAAUCGAUCAACUGGCUCUUUUUGCUUCUUGGGCAAAUGCUGGGAUGCUGUACUCUUGAGCAGUUGAAGUAUUUUUGCAAGCACACCAACAAUCAUCGUACCGGGGCUAAGGAUCGUGUUCUUUACCUGACUUAUCUUGGUCUUUGCAAACAACUAGAUCCUAAUGGCCCUUUCAGUAGAUGA